UGCUCUCAGCCGGGUCCUCCUGAAGCUAAUUGCAGCUUCUUUCUCUCUCUUGAGUGACAGCGAGGAUUUCGCUUUGAGCGACGUCACACCAAGGUGGGAGAAGACGAGCGCAUUUUUCCUCCUUAUAUCGUCCAAAGAAAACACACCGAGCAGACUGUGGCGCACAGACGCCUCUACCUGCAGCCGGUGCGCACCGAAAAUUACCACCCCAACUUCAUCAGUGCGUAGAGAACGGCCGAUAUCCAGCACCACACAAAAGACCAAGAUUUUGUUUUUCCUCAUCAUCUCAGCACUGCUUUUCUUCCUUUUUUAAUGUUAUUUCAGUCUUAUAAAUAUCCCCCCACCUCCCCCAAAGAGUGGCGAGACUCAGAGUGUCCUCACAACCACCAUGCGCUGUUUCGCAGCCAGUAAGGACUUUACCGCUUGGAGUUACUUCUCUUUUCUCGUCAGACCGUUUUGAAGACAUGCAAUGCGCUGCGACAGAUAGAGCAGGACGAUAAUGAAGAGGUUAACCACACCUUUAAAAGCGGACAUCUCUUCAGUAGCCUCUUGACCAACUUUGUUGCGCGUUAAGAUGCGCCCCAGAGAAGAGGAGUUGGAUGAGGAACUUUUUGCGCUCUUGUUGACAGACAGUUUCCAGUGAAAUUUUGCUGAGUGAACCGUCGGAAAAACGAGAACCUCCUAUGCAUUUAAGACAUAAUCCAACUCGGUGUUGGCUGUGCUCGUCAGUAAUUUGAUUUUUUUGCUGUGGGGAUCUCCUUGAGGAUUUGCUGCGUUCACCAUGACGGUUCGUCUAUCCCGGAUCCAGCUGGCCCUGUUCUUUAUCUUGCUAUGUCCGGUCAAUAUCAUCGGACUCUGGUGGGCGGUAGGCAGUCCGCUGGUGAUGGACCCCAACAGCAUUUGCAGGAAAGCGAAGCGUCUGGCGGGAAAGCAGGCUGAGCUGUGCCAGACUCAGCCAGAGAUUGUCAGUGAGGUGGCCAAAGGAGCCAGGCUGGGCAUCAGGGAGUGCCAGUACCAGUUCAGGUACCGCCGCUGGAACUGCACUAGCCACAACAAGUACUUUGGCAAAAUACUGCAGCAAGAUAUCCGGGAGACAGCGUUUGUUUAUGCCAUCACGGCGGCUGGUGUGACGCAUGCUGUAACCCAGGCCUGCAGUAUGGGAGACCUCCUACAGUGUGGCUGUGAGGCGACCAGGAACAGAGCACCUCCAAGACCGUCUUCAUCCUCCCCCUCCGGGGAUGGAGUCAAGUGGGAGUGGGGGGGCUGCGGAGAUGAUGUGGAGUUUGGGUAUGAAAAGUCGAAACAGUUUAUGGACGCCAAGAGGAGAAGGGGCAAGAGUGACAUCAGGACACUCGUUGACCUUCACAACAACGAGGCUGGGCGGCUGGCGGUGAAGCUCUACAUGCGGACAGAGUGCAAGUGCCAUGGCCUGUCAGGGUCAUGCACUCUGCGCACUUGCUGGAAGAAGAUGCCUCAUUUUCGUGAGGUGGGCGACCGCCUGCUGGAGCGCUUCAAUGGUGCUUCCAAGGUGAUGGGAGGCAACGAUGGCAAGACCCUGAUGCCUGUCGGCCAGAACAUAAAGCCACCAGAUAAGCAGGAUCUGAUAUACUCUGACGAGUCGCCCGAUUUCUGCCUUGCAAAUCGGAAAACUGGCUCACUGGGGACACGGGGGCGCAUGUGCAACAGCACAGCCAUGGACAUCAGUGGCUGUGACCUGCUUUGCUGCGAACGUGGCUACCGGGAGGAAACAGUGGUGUUAGAGGAGAACUGUCUGUGUCGUUUCCACUGGUGUUGUGUGGUCCAGUGCAAGAAAUGCUUGGUCCGAAAAGAAAUAAGUCUCUGUCACUGACGAACUUAGGUUGACAGCAGUCGAUAUGACUUGGUUACUUCUACUAUUUUUUGAGGUUUUUCCUUUUGUUUGGCUUGUGUGAAAGAAGAAUACGGUUUGGACUUUUAUGGUAAUCCUUUUGUUUCAAUUUUUGCACGAGUCACAUUCAGAUAAUGCCCCAAAAAUGUUAAUUUUCAAUAAUAUUUAAUCUCAACUCUGGCUGCUUUGGUCCCCAGGAAGGUUGACAGACGUCAUUGUUGCUGGCCAAAGGUUCAAAAGGUACAGAAAAUAAAUGCAACCAUAUGGAAACAAUAGAAGAGAGGGGAUUAAAUAGAUUAAAUAGAGAAAUGAACUACCUUUUUUUACUCUUUUUGUUUAGGAAAAGGACCAAAGAAUGUGAAAAU